CACCCCUACCUACAGAAGGUGGCAGCAUUUACCGUUUACACUUGUUGCUAGGCAACCACAGGACCGAAAAUGACAGAGUUGCACCAAGCGGCUGCAGCGGGGGAUUUUGAUGAAGUUGAGGAGAUUCUGAGGCAAAAGGAAUGCAAUCCCAAUCAGAGGGAUGUCGACUGGAACUACAAGACUCCUCUACACUGGGCUGCAGCUAAAGGGCAUACAGAAACAGUCAGGAUCCUUAUUGAGCACGGAGCCAGGCCGUGUCUGAGAACAGAGCAUGGAUGGACUCCUGCCCACAGUGCUGCAGAGCUUGGCCGGCUGGCUGUCCUCCGGCUGCUGCACUCCCUCCAUGCGCCUAUAGACAAGGAGGACUGCUGUGGAGACAAACCAGUGCGGAUAGCCGAAAUAUAUGGACACCAUGACUGUGUUCGAUUCCUAAAAAAAGCAGAAAUUGAGUGCCAGGCCUACCGCAAGAUGGCAGCCCAGAAAGGGAUUUCAAUGGAUGACACAGACGAGGAGUGGGCAGAACAAGGCAAGGAAAAUGAAGAAAAGAGGAUCUCUAGCAACAUUCAGACGUAGGCUUGACUCCCAUGUAUACAACAAAGUAUGUACUAGAGUGGUGCAUAGUGUUUCAGCGCUUUAGCAAUCAAUAACGUAUCUAAUGAACAAACAUGCUAUCGUAACAAACCAAAGUAAACCCCCAAAAAAGUAGUCACAUCAGUAGAGUUAAUAAAGGGGAACCACGCACCAUUUAAAAAACAGUCAACAGUCCAAAACUAUUACUAAAAAGGAACAACUCUCUCCCAAAUCCAAGAACUGAAAUUUGUGAUGAUGUCAUCAAGUAUAAUGUCUGCUCUACAGAAAGGAAAGAUGUUGUAGAUGACACUGAGAGCACCAAGGGUUGUGUUGUCAUACUUGAUGACAUCAUAAAUUUGAGACUUAAGCUUGAUUUAUACUUCUGCGUAAAAUCUACGCCGUGGCUACGUACGUAGGUACGUGGAGACACAAAACUACGUCGGACCCUAUGCUUUAGCCUGAUGUGCACCUCUCAAAAAAUUUAACUAUACGUCGUACAGCCGUGGCAUAGUAGUGUUACAUUUCCCCCCCGACUCAUUUUGUGGUUCUCCUUCUCCAUAAACAACAUGAAAUCCAGGAGAGGGUUAACUCCUCCUGCUACGGAUAUCCCACUGUGGUCAGAAAGCACGGGGAGACACUUUGUUUCUCUCACUAUGACUCUAGAGUCGGGUGAGCUCCAAAGCUAAUCGCCGCCACGCUCUCACUCACUCUACCACUGACUCCCCCCCACCCACACACGCACAUGCUGGCCCUGCUGAGAUUGACGCGCACACCAACGUACAAGUAUAAACACCAGGCCACUUACGUAGGCUACGGCGAAAGCUCAGCGUGGAGCCUCCACACAACCAUAAA